GCUUUGGGGGAAGAGUGCAGAUGAUCGUGGGCUCCUGCUAACAGCCUGCUGCAGUUCUUUAUUUAGGACUUUUAUCCAUCAGAUGGGACUUGUUGGGACUUGAUGUGUGUGGCAUGUUUCCCACCUCUUUCUGUGACUAUUGUUUGUGUUAUUAAUUUUACAAGUGCAGAAAGAUGGUUCGGAUGGAGGAGUGCAAACACAACUGAGAGUCAACUUGGUACUUUAAAGAGCUUCUGUGGUGGGGCAUUUUGUCAUCAGGACAUUUCAAGAUUUGAAGAUUUUCAAGACUGUCAAAGCAUUUAACCCAUGUCGAAGAGAGAAAUGAAAUUCCUCACACUGGUAUUGUCUUUCCAUCUCUGAGUCAUCUGAAAUCAACGACCCCACACCAGCUGACCACCAUGAAUGCCUCCGCCAUGCCACUCGCCAACAACACCCCACUCUGCUACUCUGUCAACAGCCCUCCAUUCAAUUAUCACCCUAACAUUGCCUCGGCAUACUUCUCAUCCAUCUUCGGCACUUUGGGUCUCAUCUCCAAUCUCAUUGCCUUCAUAGUUCUCCUCAAGUCCUUCCAGCAGACACGUAGCCGCUCACGCUCCUUUUUCCUGAUCUUCCUGGGUGGCCUGGUGGUCACUGACUUCAUGGGUCUUCUGGUCACUAGCUCCAUCGUGAUCUCCUUCCAUGUUACGCACUUUAAUUGGCGCCAUUUAGAUCCAAACUGCCACUUCUGCAACUUCAUGGGUAUGUCCAUGGUCUUCUAUGGACUGUGCCCACUCUUGCUUGGUGCCGCUAUGGCUGUGGAGCGUUUCUUUGGCAUCAACCUUCCAUUUGCACGCACCACCAGCAUGCCCAAGAGACGGACGGUCUACAUGGUGCUGAUGGUGUGGUUGAUUGCAGGCGGCAUAGCUUUGCUGCCCCUAACGGGCAUUGGGAGCUACCACAUGCAGAUACCUGGCUCCUGGUGUUUUUUCAACAUCAGCUCGAAGGGAAAUGAUCUGGCCUUCUCCCUGGUCUUCUCUCUGGUCGGGUUGAUGUGCAUCACUGUGUCAUUUUUGCUGAAUACAGUGAGCGUUGUGACCCUAAUCAGGGUUUGCUGCGGACAGGAUAGGACCCAGCGUCGCAGAGACUACGAAAUAGAGAUGAUGGUUCAACUCAUCCUCAUCAUGGUCAUCGCUUCUAUCUGCUGGUGCCCCCUUCUGAUCUUUAUUGCACAAACUGUGCUAUCCGGACAUCCCCUCCUGAUCAGAUCCCUCCUGCUAUGGCUACGCUUUGCCACCUGGAACCAAAUCCUGGAUCCGUGGGUAUACAUCCUGUUCCGAAGAUCAGUUCUUAAGAGAGUCAACCCCCGCCUCGACUGGUCUCGGGGCUCCAUCAUGAGCUUGUACCCGUCUUUCACCGACACUGUCCGAAGAUUCACACAAUCUUCACUUAGGAUCACCAUGAGCCAAGAUGAAACAGAAGAGAUGCAGAAAUCAAACGUAACGCCCCCAUCUACACUAAAGCCACCUCCUACUCCGUGAUUGUUUGGAUUUGAGUUGUUGCCACAGACUGAGUAAUAUCGUUGGGGUUAUUAGUAUGUGUUAGACUGUGUUUUCAAGCUCUGACGGAGUUUUCAUGUUAACUGUGAACAAGAUAAGAAGCAGGAUUGCACCAAAUAUUUUGUUAUUUUAUUGCAUACCUUUGAAACAGUAUUAGCAAUGACACUUUCAUUUAGAGCAACGUUUAAAGAGAGAGACCACUAUACAGUGCACAGCAGUCACCUAAAAUAGAUUUAAAGCUAUCUACAUGGACUGCCCUUUUCUACAUGUACUAUAGGCUACUGUUCCAACUUUUUACAGUGGAUAUGGGCAUUCUGUGGUAAUUCAGGUGAUUGUUUUAAUGUGAUACUUAAUUCUGAUGGGGCAUAAUGCCUUUUAUGCUCAUGUACACUUUGUUCAGAUGCUUUUGAGUGUCACAUUAUCAUUUAAUUGUUUUUUCCAACUCAUACUGUUCAUGUUUUGUUCCCUUUCUGAAAGUAUUUAGCUGUAUUUUGAAGGAAGAUGUGAAGUGAAGAUGCUUUAACAAAAAUGAAAUAUAGCUUAGACUGCCAGAGGCAUCCUACAUUAUUUCCAUUUCAAUAGUUUAUACAACACAUGAUAAUUUAUGUGUUUUCUAUGUGUCAAAUGUUUUGAUGAUGCAUGCGAAUCAAACCAAACUUUCCAGACCCUUGAAAUGAUCAGUUAUUAUCUUUUUCAGAAUCCCUGAAUGGGACACUCUAGUUCAGUCCUCAUGCUUGUCAUUAAGCGACACACACAGGUUUGGCAGAAGAAGAAAAAAGGAAAAUAAAGUGGAUGCCAAUGAGAACGUGAUUUAUGUACAAAUAUUUACGAAGACCCUGACAUUUUUAAGAUUAUGUUGUCAGUGAUAGAACAAUCUUUUCCACCGUCAACUUCAGGCAGGCAAACAAAAAUGUACAGUAACAGUAUUAUUUUGAGAUGUAUUAUGCUGCAUGAAGGGUCAUAUCUACAUAAAUAGUUUGAAGUCGUUAUCUGCUAAAGAACAAGACUAUGUCAAAACCUAGUUAGUGUAUGGUCAAUGUGCUUAAUUGUGGCCAAAUUGUUACAGGGAUAUUCAGCGGUGGUGUCUAUAAAUGUGAAUAUAAAUGAAAUCUUCAUCUGUAGUGGUCCAGUAAUACCUGUUUGUUGUGUACUGAAGUAGCAUAUCAUAUGACAUGGUAAAGAUAAGUUUGACACAAAUGAUUGAGGACUGCUUUUCAACAUAAUCAUGUUAUUGUUCUGGGUUACUCAUUUGAAGUGUUAUGUGUAAUUAAUGUUGCUUUGUUAAACAGACCAGACCUAGGUUUCACCCCUUGACAUUUAUGAACCACAGCCUUAAAUGUUGGUCUUGAGGUAGUCUCGCUUUACCAAAUCUACCUCCGCAGCGCAGCGGAGGAGAGUCUGGCUAGUCCACACAGCAUUCCGAGAUGGAAGAAAAACGUGCUGUGGUUUAUUGGCAUUUCUU